UUGAGGUCCACCCCCACUUAAAAUAUGUUCAAAUAGGUUCCUAAAUACAUUUGCACAUUUUUAAAAAUAGUAACCCAUGUCCAUGUGUUUAUUUGUAGGUAGUACAUUUAGAGGGCUAUCACUAUGGGCAGCAACGCUGUAAAAAUAAAUCGAGCAAAAUGGCACAAAAAACUGGUAGUGGCCAGGCUGGGUGUAUAAUUCCCGGCCUGACUUAUUGUCCCAGUCCGGCCCUGCUGGAAGUCAGAAGACCCUCACACAACUCUGCUGAUCUACACAACUUCACCAGGUUGGAGAAAUGGCCUCAGAUCAAAUGAUCAUUGCUGCUCUGGGACGACCUUUCACCCUAGGGAUGCUCUAUGAUGCUCGGAGUGACAAACUGGUGCCAGGUCUCAGAUUGUGGAAUGAAGAAACUCUAAAAGUAAAACAAACCCCUCAGCAGAGCAGUUAUUUUGAAAUGUCUGCAUCUGACUCCAUUGAAUCCAAGUCCACUCUGAUGGACAUUGAAGCUUAUCUGAAGACCAGUCUCAUGUGUGGACUGAUAGAAGUUGGAGGAUCUGCCAAAUAUCUGAAUGAUGAGAAGAAAUUGAAGAAUCAGAGCAGAGUGACAUUUCAGUACAAAGCUACCACCAAGUUCAAGGAGUUGUCAAUUGAUCAUGUGACCCUGGACACCGAACAGAUGGAGUUUAUUAAGAAGGGCUUGGCCACUCAUGUAGUCACAGGCAUCCUGUAUGGGGCAAAUGCUUUCUUUGUGUUUGACAGUGAGAAGUUAGAAGACAGCCAGGUUCAGGAGAUAGAGGGCAGCAUGCAAGCUGUGAUAAAGAAGAUUCCUACAUUUGAUGUUGAGGGGAAAGUUGAAAUCAAGCUGACUGAUGAAGAGAAAGCCCUGACUGAGAAAUUCUCCUGCAAAUUCUACGGAGACUUCAUUCUUAAAAUCAACCCAGCCACAUUUCAAGAUGCAGUGCAGACCUAUGUAGAACUUCCACAGCUACUGGGAACAAAUGGAGAGAAUUCGGUCCCAGUGAAGGUCUGGCUGAUGCCACUGAAGUGUUUUGAUCCCAACACUCCUGAGCUGAUGACGGGGAUCAGCAUCGGACUAGUGAAGAAGACCCAAGAUGUUUUGGGAGAUUUAAAGGAAAUAAGAAUGAGAUGCAACGAUUCUCUGGGAGACAAAGUGGCAGAGGACUUCCCAAAGAUCCGAAAAGACCUAAACACUUUCCACAAACUGUGUGGUUAUUAUGAAUCCAGCCUCCAACAAACCAUGGCAAAGAAACAUCCCUCCAUCCGAGUAGGAAAGGAAGAUGAGAGCUCACUGGAAGAAGUAUUUGAAGACAGGAACAAGUCACCCUUCAGCCAUGAAAAACUAACCAAGUGGCUGGAUCACAAAGAGAGAGAAAUCAACGUCAUCGGGGCCGUUGUGGAUAUCAUGAAGGACGUUAAGAUCGUCCAGAACCGGUCUGAACUGGACCCUGUGAAAUAUCCAACUGUGUGCUUUGUAUUCACCUCCAUGGAGAGUGCUGACCCCUGCCUUGAAGCGAUGGAUCAAUACGCAAACUCACUAAAAUGGGCGAGCACCGAAGAAGAGCCAUGGUACUACUCAGACGAGGUCUUACAAAAGAUGAGAGGAAAAGCCCAAGAUUUCAUAGCCAUGGCAAAAAGAUGCACAGAUGACUCUUUCUUCUUAGUAGCCAUUGAAAAUAAGAAGUUCAAAGGAGCAACCAUCUACUGGUACCGCCACGGCAUUCUGAAGAAUGAAGACUUCAAACCACGCAAAGAAGAGAAGACUGAAUACUUCACAUCACUCAGUGAGAUGAAGACUGAAGACUUCCCAUCCCUCAGUGAGGUGAAGAAGCAUACCGGAAAGUAGAGAUCUAAACUGGUAUGCCUGUGAUCUCACACUAGAAGGGAACACUGCAGGCAACUUUCUUGUGGUCAAUACAGUUUUCUUUCCGCUAUUAAUCAUUUUCUGAAGAUACUUUAUUUAGAUGUUUCUGUUAUGAUCAGGGUUAGUUUUCCUUCGGAUGCUUGCAACACAUUUAGGGGAUAUCUGUGCUGGCCUCUAACACCAAAUAAAUGACCCUAUUAACCCAUAUUAACCUGCAAAAGGUGUUCCACAGGGCUCUAUCCUGGGGCCCUUUCUGUUUAAUCUUUGUGAAGAUGAUACCAAGUGACUGUUAUAUCAUUCUCUAUGCUGAUGACUCUGUUGUGUCCUGUUAUGUGGAUGCUGUUACAAUUCUUCAGCACUUCCUUGCUGAUUCUGAAGUUUCUCUCAAUAACUACAAGUUAGUUCGUAGGGCAGAUACAUUGAAAACCAUGCCCUUAAUCACAGCCAGUAUAUGAAUAAUGGUAUUCUCAUCUCUACUGAGAAUGGAACAAAUAUUGAAAGUCAAAUAAUAAAAGUAUCUUGUUUUUUUAUUUGGAAAGCAAAAUAAUAUUCUAAAUGCAAUUUGACUUUCUUCUUGAGGAUCUUGAGGAAAAUCUUAUCCACACUUUGGAGUUCAGUAUCUUGCUUGAUGAUUGCAGGCACUGGGAAUCGGACCACUGUCCUACCGACUCCUGAGCCACAGAUGUAUCUUUUAUUAUUGUUGUCACAUGGAUCGAUUAUCUUGUAGUUUUAAUUACAGGGUUUAUAACCUUUUUUCACAUGUUGAUUGUGGGUUUUAUGGAUUUCUCUCCUUUUCUGAGGACGUUUUGGAUGUUUAGCUGCAUUAAUAAAGUUUGAUUCUCACA